AUGUCAAUCCGGUUCCUGCAUGACAACUCCCAAAGUUUCUCCAACUGCGCCUCAGAAAUGCAUUUUGAGUUUCGUGGGCUUGCUGUAGGCGACCCACCCCCUGUUCACGGGCAGGCCGCCAACGACGGUCAACACCCAUGGAUUUUCCAGGAGACCAACUCGUUCAUCCCCCGCGACCGGGCCGAGACUACAUGCGACAUCGUUCGACCGCCUGAAACCUAUCCGCCAUUGAAAUCUGCCAUCUCGUCAUCCGUCCAGCGCAGCGCCGCCGCAAUGACCAGGCCUCGCCGGCACUCCGGCGCGAGCGAGGAAAGCUCGGGGACCGCCCGGGAGCAGGAGCUGGGGAGCAUGUAUGAUUAUUUGGCCAAGAUCAUAUUGCUUGGGCCCAGUGGAACGGGAAAAUCAUGUUUAUUACAUCGCUUCGUCAAGAAUGAGUGGAGGGUCCUUUCGUCGCAAACUAUCGGUGUCGAGUUUGCGACCAAGAUCAUCAAAGUCGGUACCGGAUCGCGGCGAAAACGAAUCAAGCUUCAGCUUUGGGAUACCGCCGGCACCGAACGAUUCCGAUCCGUUUCUCGCUCAUACUAUCGAGGCGCCGCGGGCGCUAUCCUCGUCUACGACUUGACCUCGCAUGCUUCGUUCCGCGGCCUACAACCCUUUAUCAACGAUGCCCGAGCCCUCGCGUCCCCGAACCUCAGCGUCCUGCUUGUGGGAAACAAGCUCGAUCUCACCGAUCAACUUAUCGAUACUAGUCUUCCCCCACCUACACCGACAAGUUUCACCUCGAACUCGACUAUAACCCCCGGCGCUGGUGGGAGCUCCUAUACGAGCACAGCUGCUGGUAGAGAUCGUGGUGCAUCCAUCAGCGCCGGCACUCAGCAAAGAGCUACUGUUGCCCCCGAGGGCAGGGAGGUUACACGGGCUGAGGCUAGUCGAUGGGCUAGCACAGCAGGAAUAUCAGUGGUGACGGAAGCGAGCGCCUUCAACGGCGAGGGCGUCGACGAGAUCUUUGGCAGAUUGGCGAGGAUGAUCCUGACAAAGAUCGAACUUGGAGAGAUCGACCCCGACGACCCAGCCAGCGGGAUCCAAUACGGCGACAGUGGUGGCUGGAAUACUGCCAGUGACGGAGGCAGCAUUAAGAGCUCCAUGACGGGAGCCACAGUGGACGACGGCCUUAGUGGGCUCAGGAGGAGACGCAAGGGUAAGGGCCGGACGCAGAACUGGGGCCUGAGAGAGUGGGAGGAGGUGUUUACGCUGAGCAACCGGCGUAGAGGCGGCGGCUGCUGUUGA